UAGCAUACGGUUAUAAAGGCUGAGGUGCACCGCGCGCGCACACAACCUGAAGAGAAAAGGCAGCUGAGCGUUGAGGAGCUAAACGGAGAAACUUCACACGAAAAGCUUAGAGAUCAUCACUGCUAUGAUGGAGCGCUCCAAGCAAAGAGAAAGCGAAGCCUCAUCAGGCAACGAUACCGCCCUAAAUGGACUUUUGGAUGGGAUGGAGAAGUGGAACGGAGCACCUAAAGAGACGCCCAAAGGUGAGAAACCGACCAAGAGCAUCACCCGUGCUCCAUGUUCGUCUGUGAUGGAGAGCUGGAGAGAAGAGCGCACCCGGAGUGUUGAAGAUAAUGAGAUGAGCCUGCCGAGUAUCGUCGCCGCCUAUACCACCAUCCUCAGGGGUCUGGGAGAAGAUCCGCAGAGGCAGGGCCUGCUGAAGACGCCUUACCGGGCAGCCACGGCCAUGCAGUUCUUCACCAAGGGAUAUCAGGAGAAAAUCAUAGAUAUUCUGAACGACGCCAUUUUCGACGAAGACCACGAUGAGAUGGUGAUUGUGAAGGACAUCGACAUGUUCUCCAUGUGCGAGCACCACCUCGUCCCCAUCUUCGGCAAAGUCCACAUAGGAUACCUACCGAACAAGAGGGUGCUGGGCCUCAGCAAACUGGCAAGAAUCGUUGAGAUCUACAGCAGAAGGUUGCAAGUCCAGGAACGUCUCACCAAACAGAUCGCCGUCGCCAUCACUGAAGCUCUACAGCCCGCUGGAGUCGGAGUGGUCAUCGAGGCAACUCACAUGUGUAUGGUGAUGCGAGGCGUGCAGAAGAUGAACAGUAAAACGGUGACAAGCACCAUGCUGGGAGUUUUCCGCGAGGACCCCAAAACCAGAGAUGAGUUCCUCACGUUGAUCCGGAGCUGAGACAAGCCACGUGUGUAGAUCAGACGUCCUUCUCUGACACGUCCAUCUCUCACCAUCAUGUUGUUUCUAUAUUGGCCUCUAAGUGAGGCUGUGCUGCUCUUGGGCGUGUUCUCCCAGUGCUUGCUUUUUCAGAGGCAGGUAUGGGAGAUACCUCAGUUAAACCAUCCCUCUUAGUGUUUUUACAUAUGUGUGUGUGUGUGUGUGUGUGUGUGUACUCACUCAAACAGGGAUUUUGAGUGGUUUUUCACAAUUUUAAAAUGGUAAAAUCAGUUAUAGGUCCAUGGAUUCAAAUUCUAAUAUAGCCAACAGUUUUUAUUGUUGUAAUAAAAUCAUGUUUUAUUAUUUUGACAAAUUAUAUAAAACCUUUUAGCCACUUAUAUUUAUUCAUUUGGCAAAUGAAUUUAUCCAAAACCACUUAGGAACAAUCCAGUCCAAGCACAGAAAUGAGUUGAUGAGGGUUAAAAAUGUCACUCAGUGGCCCAACACAGACUCACUGACAGUCCUGGGAUUAUUUUAAACAUAGAAACUACCACUGCCAUUGUGAUCUGACCCGCAUUAAAGCUGCAAUAUGUAACUGUUUCUGUUAAAAAAAAAUGAAAUGAGUUGAAUUGUUCAGUCAGUGUACGAGAAAAGCCUGUGUACUUGCGUUGCUGCAUGUCACCCUGGAAAACCUAAAAUGUUCAUUUAAAGUUAGAGCUGUUGGAUCGGAUUUCAUGAUUAUGGGUUGUGCUACCCCUACUACGAGGUGUUUUAACGUGACAUCAUUAGAUUACUUCACAUAGAGGGGCAGCACAAUUCAUUUUACAAAAUGUUUCUCUGCCACUUGCUUGCAAUAACAUAAUCACACCAGAGAGGUCUCCAGAUGCCCAAAAGUUACAUACUGCAGUGUUAACUCGCAGCAUUUGUGCACAAGCAGUCGAGACAAAAGGGAAACCCAGCCAUGAACCAUUUCACUGAUCAAGAGUUGGGUUUUUACUACACUGUGUAUAAUAUGUCCAAAAAUCUAAUCUAACCUAAUGUUUAAAUGAGAGGAAAGCGAUGGAUUUUGGUGACAGUGGUGGUGUAUUCCCAAACCAUACUCUGCAUUUGAUUCAUACAAAUGAAUCAAAUUUAUAAAAUACAGUAAAAUCAUACACAGAACAUACACAUCACAUAGAAACAUAACAGAUAGAGGCAGGAGAUCCUGAUUGGUUUAAACUAAUAGACGCUGUGUUUCUGAUUGGUUCAAACUGAUGGAAGCUGUGUUCCUGAUUGGUUUAAAUUGAUAGAGAUUGGACAUUCUGAUUGGUUUAAAAUGAUAGAGGCUGUGUUCCUGAUUGGUUUAAAGUGAUGGAGAUCAGAGAUUCUGAUUGGGUACAACUUAGAGAUGCUGUGUUUCUGAUUGGUUUAAAUUUCUGGUGGUUGGAGAUUCUGGUUAGUUUAAACUGAUACAGGCUGUUUCUGAUUGGUUUAAACUGAUGGCGGUAAGAGAUUCUGAUUGGUUUAAAUUGAGAGGCUGUGUUUCUGAUUGGUUUAACUUUAAGGAGGUUGGAUAUUCUGAUUGGUUUAAUCUGAUAGAGGCUGUGUUUCUGAUUGGUUUAUGCUUCUUGAGUUUUAAUUGAUGGCCUGAAAGAAUAUAUCGAUAAUAAUCUGGACUUAAACAUACAAAUUGUUUCUGCAAUUCAACCAUUUUCAGUUUAAUUUUUAAUCACAGAUCAGUGUAUCUAAACUGUGCUGUAAUUUUUGUCACGUGUCAGUGUGUAAGGUUUGUUGUUCAGUCAUGGCUCAAACUGUAUUAACUCUGUUCUGUGUAACUGAUGAACCACACAGCCAGUGAGCCACAUAGCACCAUGUUGUGUACUGUGUGUGUAAUAGUGUUACUUUAGCCUUCUAAAUGUGCUGUAUCGAAGGCCAUCAGUGUUCUUCAUGCCUGUGAUAGGACGAUCUUCUUUUUUUCUCUCUGUUGAGUAAGGACCAAAGUUUGAAGUUGCAGCUGAGAGAUAAAAAAGAUCUCAACUUUGAUAACUAUGUUGAUAAAUGUGAGCAUUCAUAUCACAGCGUCGGUGAUGCACGCGAUAGAAUCCAAGAAAAUAUAGAUGGAAAACAAAGGCUCAAAGAAAACAUAGUUUACUACUCAAACAUUUAUAUACAUAUAAAAUGCUAAUAACAUAAAGAGGAAUUAUAUUAACUCAUCAGUACACAUCAGGUUUAGAUGAUAUAUUAGGGCAUUUUUAUUUUGAAUGUACCCCCUACGGUAAUUUGUUGUGUUUUCGUGUUUGAAUUAUAUAUUCAGAAGAAUGGAUAUAUAACUUUUGAUAAAUGUGUGUGUGUUUUACGUAAAUGUAAGUGAGAAAGCGAGCACUUAACAUUAGCGCUCCAGUACUGUUCACGUGGCCUUCUUCACCGGGACGCACCCAGUCCUGUAUACACUACAGUGUUCAUUUCCAGAAAACUGAUGUUAAGUUAAUAAGAAAAUAAAUUAUGUUUGAAAAUCG